AGAGCUCUUGUGAUGAACUCACACUGAUUCACACAUAUCAUGUGCUGUGAGUCUCAUGUGUGUGAAUCAGUGUGUGUGUGUGCGAGUGUCUGUGUGUGAAUCAGUCACUGGUCGUCUGCUGCUUCUCUCAGAGCUUUCAACAGGUUCACAUAGGUCAAAGUUCACUUAGAGACACCUGAUCGUCUGAGGUGAGAAAUGGGUGAGGAAAUACUUUCAGCAGAACAAACAGAAACCUGUCAGAAAACAGCAUCAAAACCAUUGGGUUUCUGUGGUAAACUCCAGAACUGCCCUAAACCACAUGGCUUCACUGCUUCUGUCAUUACCAAAGCUUUGUUGGGGCUGCUGUUGUUCGGGGUGGUUUGGGCCGUGACGGGUCCUGCGUGUCUGCCGGGCCAGAAUCUCUUCGGCCUGGUGAUUCUGUUCCUGUCAGCCGUGUGUGGAGGAAAACUCAUCAGUGUCAUCAGAUUACCCAGAACACCUCCAAUACCAGCUCUACUGGGUAUGCUGCUGGCCGGUGUGGUGUUGCGUAACGUGCCAUACAUCACAGACGCUGUGUACAUUGAUCAGAGCUGGUCUGCGGCUCUCAGGAACGUUUCUCUCGCCGUGAUUCUCACCAGAGCCGGUCUGGGACUCAACGCUGCCGCCCUGCGGCGUUUGAAGGCAGUGUGUGUGAGGGUUGCUGUCGGCCCGUGUGUUUUGGAGGCGUGUACGGUGGCUGUAGUGUCUCAUUUUCUACUGGAAUUGCCCUGGAUAUGGAGCUUCAUGCUCGGUUUUGUUCUGGCCGCCGUCUCUCCGGCUGUGGUGGUUCCAUCCAUGUUGCUCCUGCAGUCGGAUGGAUUUGGUGUUCAGAAAGGAAUUCCCACACUCCUGAUGGCUGCUGGGAGUUUUGAUGAUAUUCUUGCCAUCACUGGAUUCACCACCUGCCUGGGCAUCGCCUUCGGAACCGGAUCCACAUGGAUGAACGUGGGUAAAGGGGUUCUGGAGGUGCUGGCAGGAGUUCUGGCAGGAGGAGUGAUAGGAGUCCUGCUUCAUUUCUUCCCCAGCGAGGACCAGUCAGAUGUGGUGUUGCGGCGCUCGUGUCUGUUGUUGGGUCUGUCCGUGUUCAGUGUGUUUGGCAGUCUGGCUGCGGGUCUGGGCGGCGCCGGCGGUCUCUGCACACUCGUUCUGGCCUUCAUCGCUGGACUCAGCUGGGCAGAACACAAGGCUCCAGUGGCGGCAGUGGUGGGCCGGUUCUGGGACGUGUUUCAGCCGCUCUUGUUUGGUCUGAUUGGAGCAGAAAUCAGCAUCUCGUCUCUCAGCGCUUAUACUGUCGGUUUGGGUGUCUCCACUCUGUGUGUGGGUUUGCUGGUCCGUGUGUUGGUGACAUUCUGUGUGGUUCUGUUUGCUGGUUUUAAAAUGAAGGAAAAGAUCUUUAUAUCUCUGGCCUGGAUGCCUAAAGCUACAGUACAAGCAGCUAUCGGCUCCACAGCGUUGGACGUGGCCCGCAGUGCUGGAGACGAGCAGCUACAGAAAUAUGGGAUGGAUGUUCUGACUGUGGCGGUUCUUGCGAUUCUCAUCACGGCGCCGGUCGGAGCGCUCGCCAUCGGCCUCACCGGACCCAAACUACUGCAGCAGGACACACACGCGCUAGGGGACAGAGAAACUGGGUGGAUGAACCUGUGUAUUGUCAAAUUGAUCAGUGUGAGCGUGAGAGCAGUCGUGUCGACGGUCUGGAGUCCAAACUCUGAAUCACAAACUCAUCUCAACAUGCUUCCAUGAUUUGGUGUUGUUCACACACCUAAACCUUUAUGUGCUUGACCUAGCUUUAUUAGUACUGAUCUGCAUGUACAUGACAACAGUUUUCAGUACAAUAAAACACUUUCUCUGUC